GAUUUUCUGACUUUCUCUUGUCAUCAACACUUCAAUCAUCACGCGAGCACUCCUAUACGCUGUAAUCUUGACGAACAGUGUAGUGCGUCGGUUGUUUUUUUUAGGGGACGUCACUUUUUGUCUGCGACGUUGGUUCACCAUCCCCGAUUAGGGAACACACAGGGCCCGCUUGUGCUCCUCACACCCACACCAGACCAGCUGCGUGUCGUCAUCGAUCAUUGUCAAGCCUCGGGCGGUUCACUAAGCGGCGCGCCGUGCAAGGGUCCAUUUCGGCCACAUUCGUCGAUUUUCUGUUAUCGCAUUGGCAAACAGCAAGCCGCAACCCGUAGAAUACAUCACCAUCCCUAGACCAGCCAGGUCUACUUUUCUUUGAAUCUGGACCGCUUUUUUCUUUCUUUGUUUUGUUCUCUUCUAUAACUCAAGAUGACUUGGGAAUUAAGCCGCCGACGAAUCAUUCGUACGGUUAACUCUAAAUACAUUUUCGACAGGGUGCCACUCCUCCACUUUCUAAUCUUCCUCGUCGAGAUGGCUUUCGUCGCCCGACUCACUUCGCGCUUCAAUGCGUACUACGAGGAGCGGCCUAUCCUCACGAUGAUGGUCACCAAUGCGGUCCUGGGAGGCAUAGCAGAUACCGUCGCACAAACCAUAACCGCCGUCAAGCAGCGAGCCGCGCGAAAGGGCCCCUUCCACCCGAACCCCAAGGAUGACCCCAUCGCUAUCGAGAUCCAGGAACUCGACCGCAAAAACCCUCUCAGCGAUCGCGACCUUAUCCCGGACUCCCGCAUCCUCCCACCUCCGUUUGACUUUGAGCGAUUGACGCGCUUCAUGGCCUACGGCUUCUGCAUGGCCCCGGUGCAGUUCAAGUGGUUCAAGUUCUUGGAGAAGACCUUCCCGAUCACAAAAACGGCUGCUUUUGGCCCGGCGAUGAAGAGGGUGGCGAUGGACCAGCUGGUGUUUGCGCCGUUUGGUAUUGCCGCUUUCUUCACUGUCAUGACGAUUGCCGAGGGUGGUGGUAGGCGCGCCGUGCAGAAUAAGCUGAGGGACAUGUAUGUGCCGACGCUCAAGGCCAACUUUGCGAUUUGGCCCGCGGUCCAGGUCAUCAACUUCCGCUUGAUGCCAGUUCAGUUCCAGCUGCCGUUUGUGUCAACCAUCGGUAUUGCCUGGACUGCCUACUUGUCCCUCAGCAACGCCGCCGAGGAGGCCCAGCCUACACCGCAUGCCUACCCCGACUCACCCAACCUGCGCCUCUCCUAAUGCGCCACGACCACGAAUGUUCUUCUAUCAUGGGCGCUGCAGCCUCAGAAUAAUAAGAGCUGUUGCUUGGACGCACUGGCUGAAAUUCUUACAACCGCUAUAAACAUCCAAUAACGUGCCAGUAAAUUGUUUGGCAGCCUCUUGGCGAAUUCUAGUGGUGCUUUGUGACCACAUCAAGGCAUUUUACGGUACAUGCGAGCAUAUUGGGGGUUCCUUUCGGCGUUCUUGGCUUGGAUCGCAGGAGGAUGCGGUGCAUUCUUCUGGCUGACUAUGGACUUGCUCUCCUAUUUCUUUGAGCGCAAACGAGACCAAUGGCAAUUGUUCUACAUUAGAAAUUUUCUUUACCUUUCCUUUUCUUUUUUCCUCUUUCUUCACUCGACUGUACAUAGCUCAUGUCACUUGUCGUCGCUGUGUGUACUUUUAAGCCAUUCGCUAAGAUACAAUUCGAUUGCGUACCUUGUUAAGCCUAGAUAUGCAUACCUACCUAGGUACCUGCCUACUUGGACUAGCUUCCAUGCCUUCACAG